UCUCUUCCUCUGCCUGUUCCCUCUCUUUCCUGCUACUCCGUUGUCUUGGUGUCACCAAACCUACCUUCGACCCGCUUCAACGAGACUGCGACUAUUACUACCACCACCGUCACCACUACAAGGAUUACAAACCUCAAACCGGAGCUUCUGUACAUAUCACACACCACUCUCACAUACAUAUAUAUAUCAAUCUAUAUAUAUAUAUACAUCUAUCUAUAUGUAUAUACUCACCCCUUAACAUAUAGAUAUUUCGCUGAUCGUUGGCAAAAAUAUAAAAAGAAGGAAAGAAAAAAAAAACCUUUGAACGCCACCGCCGCCACCACCUCUGCUAGUAUUACUAAUUAAGGGAAGCAGUUAGUGUGGACGGAUCUAACUAUAAUUGAGGAACAACAUGCCCGUACGCAAGCAAGAUGCCCACCGGGCAUUAGAAUUACUUGAGGAUUACCACAGUCGCUUGACCAAGCCACAAGACAAAGCUCUAAAAAAUGCUAUAGAGAGGGUCAUCAGGAUUUUUAAAAGCCGUUUGUUUCAAGCCCUAUUAGAUAUCCAGGAAUUUUACGAAGUAACACUUUUAGAUGAUUCCAAGUCAACACAACAGAAGACUUUGGAAACUUUACAGAUUGCCAGUAAAUGGGAAAAGGAGCCACCAAUCACAAAUAGCCAACCCAAGUUCGACAAAACUCUAUCCCCAACUGAAGAGGAACUUCCACCUCCCCCACCGGAGUUGGCUGAAAAUAACCAAAGUGGCAACCAUCGCACAGCUACGCCACCAGUCAACAAUGCCGACCAGUCUGUUGCAGUUCCUGCAAGUAGUCAUAAUAAUGCCAUAACAGUUGCCACGGCAUCUAUCAACAAAUCUCUUGAUAUUGACGAUGUCGAUGCCAAAGAGCAUGUUGAUUUUGAACAAGAUUGGGAAUAUGAAGAAAUUGCUUUGGAGAGGGGCAAUACAGGAUUGGGGUUCAGCAUUGCUGGAGGUAGCGACAACCCCCACAUUGGAGAAGACCCAAGUAUCUACAUCACCAAAAUUAUACCUGGUGGAGCAGCUGCUGCUGAUGGCCGGCUAAGGGUUAAUGAUAUCAUUGUGAAGGUUAACGAUGCCAACGUUGUGAACGUCUCUCAUCAAACUGCUGUUGAAGCACUGAAGAAGGCUGGUACCAGAGUUGUCUUGUUUGUAAAGAGACCCAAUUCACUGGAAAACAAUCUGAUACAUAUAAAACUUGUAAAAGGGAACAAAGGUUUGGGCUUUAGCAUUGCUGGAGGUGUGGGCAAUGAACACAUUCCAAAUGACCACGGUAUAUUUGUAACCAAAAUCAUAGAUGGUGGGGCUGCUGAACAAGAUGGCCGUCUGCAAGUUGGUGACCGUUUGCUGUCGGUGAACUAUGAGGAUUUGGAUAAUGUGACACAUGAAGAAGCAGUUGCAGCUCUCAAGGCGACAUCAGAUGUAGUGAAGUUAGUUGUGGCCAAAUCCUCUUACAUACACGAUUCUGUACCUCUUGAUGCUCCUUCGCCAAGCCAAAUGAGAUCAGAAGAUGUACAAGACACCUCAAUUACUGCAGCAACCACCACCACCACGACCCUUCCCCACAAUACCUCGACAUUCCAACGACCAACUACUCCACGUCCACUGACAGAUCCUGAUUCUCCAGAACCAAGAAGAAUAGUUCUAAACAAAGGCUCGACUGGUCUAGGAUUUAAUAUUGUUGGUGGUGAAGAUGGAGAAGGGAUUUUUGUUUCAUUCAUUUUGGCAGGGGGACCUGCCGAUCUCAGUGGAGAGCUUCGACGAGGUGACCAAAUACAUUCGGUGAAUGGCAUUGAUCUACGAUGGGCUACCCAUGAAGAGGCUGCAGCAGCCCUCAAGGGUGCAGGUGACACUGUAGAAAUUGUAGCUCAAUACAAACCUGAUGAAUACAAUCGGUUUGAAACAAAAAUUCAAGAUUUACGGGAACAAAUCAUGAACACAAGUACUGGCAGUUUACGAACAACACAGAAACGAACUCUUUAUGUCAGGGCCUUGUUUGAUUAUGAUCCCACAAAGGACAGCGGAUUGCCAAGUAAAGGCUUAGCAUUUAAAUAUGGUGACAUCUUACAUGUAACCAAUGCCAGUGAUGAUGAGUGGUGGCAAGCCAAACGUAUCACCCCAGAAGGGGAAGAAGAAGGAAUGGGUAUAAUCCCAAGUAAAAGACGAGUCGAACGUAAAGAACGGGCACGGUUGAAGAUUGUCAAGUUUACUGGCAAAGGGAAUGAUAAGGUGGCAGCAGCAAAUGAAAAAAGGAAAAGCAAUUUCUCCUUCUCUCGAAAGUUUCCGUUUAUGAAGAGUAAGGACCACAGCGGUAGUGAAGAUGUAAGCGCUGAUGAACGUGGAUUAGCCAGUGAUAGUAGGGAAGGUAGUCUUCGUGGUGAUGAACCUAUCUUAUCAUAUGAAGCAGUCAUACAGCAGGAGUUGAAGUACACACGGCCUGUCAUUAUCUUGGGGCCCUUGAAGGAUAGGAUAAACGAUGAUUUGAUCUCUGAAUUUCCUGACAGAUUUGGCAGCUGUGUACCACAUACUACCCGACAACGGAGAGAGAACGAAGUUGAUGCCCGUGACUACCAUUUUGUUGCAUCUCGAGAGCAAAUGGAGCGAGACAUUCAAAACCAUCUUUUCAUUGAAGCUGGCCAGUACAAUGACAAUCUUUACGGAACUAGUGUUGCAUCAGUGAAGGAAGUUGCAGAAAAGGGCAAACACUGCAUUUUGGACGUCAGUGGUAACGCAAUCAAGCGGCUACAAGUAGCAGGAUUAUAUCCAAUCGCAGUUUUCAUCAAACCCAAAUCCGUGGAAUCUAUAAUGGAGAUGAAUAAAAGGAUCACAGAGGACCAAGCUAGAAAAACUCAUGAAAGAGCAAUGAAACUUGAGCAAGAAUUUGGAGAGUAUUUCACAUCUGUCGUACAAGGAGACACGGCUGAUGAAAUCUAUGCAAAGGUCAAAGAAGUGAUCCGUGACCAGUCAGGACCAACAAUAUGGGUGCCAGCCAAGGAAAAACUCUGAAAUUCAUCUUUUAUGAUUAUCUAAAUUGGAAAAGAUUGAAAACAACAUGCAAAGCAAAGCAAAAUUUUCAAUAACAAUAUACAUGCAUAUAUGUAUAUAUAUAUAUAUAUAUACAUAUAUAUAUAUACAUAUAUAUAUAUAUACAUAUAUAUAUAUAUAUAUAUAU